AUGGCACUCUUCCAAUCGCUGCCGCACACAGCCCAUUUUCUUGGCGGCGGCUGCGGCCGAGACCGCCCUGAGACUCAAGUGGGCUUCGAUAUCCUCAACUGGUAUCAACCCCAACCACCAUGUCCUCCAGCAGCGAAGAGGAGACCACCAAGCGGCCAAGAGCAGGAAGAAAAUCUAAACGUGCAAGGGCUUGUGAUAACUGUCGAAAGAAAAGAGCUCGUUAUUGCACGUAUCUUCAAGAAUCGACGAGGCGUGCUCCUUCAAAGAAGUAUGUCGCGCUCGGAGAGGUUUUUCAUGAUGUUGAUCUGGAUUGGAAGGUAUAUCACCGGUCUUGAGAACAGGCUAGAGGAGUUGGAAAAGGCUCUACAUGAGUUGUGUCCGGACGAGAGUAUCUUCGAUGCUUGGGUUGACGCGUUGAGCAAGGAGCCUGAUCCACCGCCGCCGCCUACCAUGCAAUUCCCUCCUCUGAGUAUAUUUCGACCAGCGCCAGCUGUGAGCCUUGCCCAUGCCAUCCGCGCAUCCCAUGGUUACACCCGACCGAAACCACCCCUUUUCGAAGAAGAAGACGAUCGAACGGAAAGCAUCGCCACCAGCCUCGACACAAACCACUUCUUCGGCAAAUCCAGCUCAGAGAUGCUCGCGGGCAAGGCAUUGUCGAUGAAGAAACAGUAUGUUGGAGGGGAAAACAACUCAGAGCGGUUGAUAUUGCCUAAUAGGCGUGAGGAAUUUUGGUCACUACGACCGUGGGAACAGAAAGCUAUACUCCCCUCCCCGUGUCAAUACGCCUUUCCAGAACCCGAUCUCGCAAGAGAUCUCGUCGAGCUCUACUUCGAUAACAUCAACCUGGACCUUCCUCUACUCCAUCGACCGUCAUUCGAGAGGUCCAUUAGCGACGGGCUGCACUACACCGACGAGGGCUUUGCAGAAGUCUACCUCCUCGUUUGCGCGCUCGGUGCUCGUUUUUCGUCGGACCGGAGGGUGCUCUUCGACGGUGUCGAUAGCCUACAUUCAGCGGGGUGGAAGUGGUUCAACCAAGUCGAGUCGUGUAAGGACCCUAUCCUUGGAAUGCUUUCUCUAUACGACAUUCAGGCCUACUGCUUAACAAUCCUCUUUAUCCAAUUUGCGACUUUGCCGCAGGCCGUUUGGCUGCUCAUCGGUGUUGCCCUUCGCUUAAUCCAGGACGUCGGAAUCCAUAGAAAGAAGACCCCAGUGCCUAAUGCUGAGGAUGAAUUGUGGAAACGAGCGUUCUGGGUUCUUGUACACAUGGAUAGGCUGGCAUCAAUUGGCUUCGGCCGGCCGUUGAAUAUUCUAAACGAGGACAUCGAUGCUGAUCUACCCAUCGACUGCGAUGACGAAUAUUGGGAACAUCCGGAUCCGCGGAAGCGAUUUCAGCAGCCGCCGGACAAGCCCUCGUUAAUAACCGCCUUUCUCCAACAGCUGAAGUUGAUGAACAUAUUGUCUACGUGUAUACGUCUAAUCUAUCCACUCGACAAAAUUGCCACGCACCUGGGGUUAGACGAUGAAGAGUGGAAAGGCAACAUCGUGGCAGAAUUAGAUUCCAGUCUAAACAAAUGGCUGAGGGCGUUGCCUGAGCAUUUACGCUGGGACCCCAAAAACACGCACAAUAGUUUUUUCCGUCAGUCGGCAAGGUUAUACAUCACGUAUUACCACAUCCAGAUCUUGGUCCACCGGCCUUCUAUCACCUCGUCAUCCCCAUCCCACGCGAUAUGCAACACAGCCGCGCGUGCUAGCAUACGCAUUGCGGAGGCCCAACUUCAACGCGGCAUUCUACCGCAGUCCCUCUUCCAGUUCGCGGUCUUGACCUCCGCUAUCGUGCUCUUAACUGGUGUAUGGGCCAGGAAAAGGACAUCUGAGUCAGACCGGUCGUCGGUGGAGCGGAAUCCGGACAUGGAGCUCGUGCGCUCGGGUAUGAGAGUCCUCUCAGCCGCUGAAGAGACCUGGCCACAGGCCGGGAAAUUCAGGGACAUGCUCUCUGCUCUCUCCUCGAUGAGCGAGCAGCCUGAUAGUGGACAUCCAUACGCUGCCUCGAUUGAGCACGAGCGAUUCGGAAGGAGGAAUAUCAGGAAACCGACUGCACCGGCAGUAUGGCUUGACAAGGACGCUCAUCUGUCUCUCGUGCGCGACGUCCUUUACAAGAUGCUCUGGAACGAGGAGCCCGUCUCUAACGAUAGGCCGCAAUCUGAUCGUCCUACGGCCGAGCACCACUACUCGACCUUCCAGCUCUCGUCGUUCGAUCCGUCGUCUUUUCUCGGUGCACCUCAAGGACGGAAUACUGGAGGUCAACAAUACACUGGCCUGCCCGGACAGGGUACGCAGAAUCACGGUGAGAUGGUGAAUACGUGGGCCCACACGCACAUAGGUGCCAAUUUGGGGUGA